AAACAAAACAAACGUCUUGAUAGCAUCAUCCGAGGGGCAUAUCAACUCGAAGCAAUCAGAAAUCAACACACCCUGUCACUUGCUUUCAUCGUCAAGUACAAGAUCUACAGGUAUAAAAUCACAAUGGCACCCCGCUCGCAGCUAGAGAUCGCCACUUCCUCUGUGAUCCGCCUGGUCAAGGAGGAAGCUUCCUACCACAAGGAGCUUCAGCAGCAGACUGAGCGUAUCAAGAAGUUGGAGGCUGAGGCUAAUGAUGAUGAGAACCGCGAGUACACCUUGAAGCAAGAGCACAUGUCUCUUGAAGAGACCAAGAAGGUUCUGCCUACUAUGAAACAGAAGAUUGCAGAGGCCGUUGCCAACCUGGAAGCUCUGAUCAUCGAGGAGGGCAAGAAGGGAUCUGAAAGCAAUGUCGAGCACAUCACAGCUGCCAAAGACGCCAUCGCCCAGGCCAAGACCGCAGAGCGUGAAAUCUCGUGA